UAAAAAAGGAAGAAAAAAAAAGCCCAAAAAAACAUGGCAGUUGCCGCCGCCGUGAACGGCGGUUAUCUUCCCUCCAAAUUCCGCCGCUUCACUCAGCCAACAGUCUCUCAAAUCAGGCCAACGCCGCCGCCACUAUUCAUCUCAACAAACCCUAACGACGUAAAUCCAAUUCACCUUAGAGACCUCUAUACUGCAUGCAACCAUUCUUGUCACCGUUUUCCGAAACUGAACUCCGAAGGUAGAGUUGAGCCGGUAGAUAUCGACAAGCUCCGAAAAGCUUUACUUCAUAGCUACGUUGUUGCUUCGGUGUUUACGAAACCCGAAUCUGUACCUGAUUUGGCUCCGGAGAAUGUAUCCGGGUCGGGUUUAACUGGUAUUGGUGGAGAUUGGAUCGGAAAGGUAGUGCCUGUGACGCCGGGAAAUGGAGAAUUGGUUGGAUUUGGACGUGCUGUUUCUGAUUCCGGGCUGACUGCUGCGAUCUAUGAUGUUAUGGUCAUCCCUUCACUACGAAGAAGAGGCAUUGGCAGGAAGAUAGUUCAAAGGAUACUAAGUAUUCUUGUGAACAGAGACAUAUAUGACAUAGCAGCCCUCUGUUCUGAUCAACAGAAGCCAUUUUUCGGAGCAUGCGGAUUUGGAGAUGAUGUACUGGUAUCCACUACAAUGAUGUAUACUAGGUCUGCUUCUACCCACUCAGAGGAUGAGCAGAUGGUAAAAUGUGCUGGUAGACAGCUUUUAUUAGUUCCAUCACUUAGAGGAAACCUUAAGAUAUAAUCUCUAUUUUCCAUGAUCAAGUAAUGCCAACAGAGCUGAAAUUUCUUCAUGUAACUUCGACGAGACCUCACAACUGCAAUUGUCGCUGGAAUUUUGUAUAUCAGUUUCAUUUGGGCAGCUUUCUUGUCCUCCCUCGUUCUGUGUUAUUAUCAUGAAUAUAUCAAUUCAAAUAUCUGAAGGAGAACAUCGUAACGGCUGUGAAGGCAAAAUGCUAACAUUGUCUUAUCUACACAAGAUAGGCAAGCCAAAGUUGGACAGAAGAAAGAGUGGAGAAGCUAAAACUGGAAAAAGAUGAUGCAUACUGCUUAUUGAUAGUGCUGAACCAUUUUUAAAUCUGUCAUUUUUUGGAUGUUGUCAAUGUGUGUACAGUAAAACCUCUGGUCUUAUGUGUACUAUGGGGUAUAUCAUUGUAAUAGCAGUACAAGCUUUGAUAUGGACUAUACUUGUGUAUGAUUUCAUGUACAUACGCUUGUAAUAUUACAUUGGAUAUAUUGUUGAUUUCAUGUAUGAACGCAUUAGUGUUCUAAGGAUGAAGUUUUAUUCUAUA